AUGCUUCUCCCCAAAGGCGGAAUCAACUGGAAGUCAGCCCAGGCCAGACUACCUCCCACGAGAGCGAUAUGGGCUAUUAUCACAAAAACGCGCUUUCUCCUUCUCCUUGUCCUCACCGGCCUCGUUCUGCUAUUCUGGCGCGGCAUUAGCACGUCAGCUUCUGAAAUGCAGAGCUUCUACUGCUGGGGCCCCGCGAAGCCCCCCAUGGAGAUGUCGCUCAACGAGCAAGCUUCAUGGGCCGCUCACCUCCAGACCCCCGUCAUUUUCAACCACCAUGAGCCCCUGGAGAUCAACCAUACCUCCAUCCAGCACGUCAACCUUAACCCCAUCAAGUCGACUCGCAAGGCUGCCACCAACGAGGAGCGUGUCCUGAUUCUUACUCCUCUCAAGGACGCUGCCCCCUAUCUUUCAAAGUACUUCGAGCUGAUCGCCGAACUGACCUAUCCCCAUCACCUGAUCGACCUGGCCUUCCUGGUUGGUGAUUCCAAGGAUGAUACUCUCGCGGUGCUUGCGUCCGAGUUGAACCGCAUCCAGCGCCGCCCUGACAAGAUUCCCUUUAACAGCGCAAUGAUCGUCGAAAAGGACUUUGGCUUCGAGCUGAGCCAAAGUGUUGAGGAGCGUCAUUCGUUCAAGGCCCAGGGCCCCCGAAGAAAGGCUAUGGGCCGUGCCCGUAACUACCUAUUGUCUGCCGCUCUGAAGCCUGAGCACUCCUGGGUCUACUGGCGCGAUGUCGAUAUUCAGGACAGCCCUAAGAAGAUUAUUGAGGACUUCGUUGCCCACGACACGGACAUUCUUGUUCCCAACAUCUGGUUCCACCGAUACCGUGACGGCCGCGACAUUGAGGGACGCUUCGACUACAACUCUUGGGUUGAAUCCGACAAGGGCCGCAGACUGGCUGCCUCCUUGGAUAAGGAUGUCGUUCUCGCUGAGGGUGAGGAUAUCAGUUACAAGGAGUAUGAUACCGGCCGCAGAUAUAUGGCUAGGGAGGGCGAUUGGCGCAACAAUAAGGAUGAGGAGCUCGACCUUGAUGGCAUUGGCGGUGUCAAUAUCCUCGUCAAGGGAGACGUCCACAGAUCAGGAAUCAACUUCCCAUGUUACGCCUUUGAGAACCAGGCGGAGACGGAAGGAUUCGCAAAGAUGGCCAAGCGUGCCGGCUACAGGGUUGUCGGUCUCCCCAACUACGUUGUCUGGCAUAUCGAUACCGAGGAGAAGCCCGGAAACGCAUGA